UUAGACUCAGCUGCACUCUGCCAGAUCUGCAUUAUGAGAUGAAGUUGUACAGUGUCUGCCUCAUUUGUACCUACAAAAAUACGCCAAACUAUAAAAAGGAUGCUGGAACACUAUGAAAAUAUUACACUUAAUACAUGAUAUAAUAAACCUGAUCACCAAAACGCACUGCUAAACAUUAGCUUUCGGCGGCAGCAGUCCCAUGACCGGACUGGAAAGGCGUGUACUCAGCCAGCUCAAUAAAUAAAGCGUACUUCAGCACCCUCCAAACAUUGCAGGCAGCAGGACUCCCCUCCCCUGACAGCCACUGAAAACAUCAUUCUCAGUUUGUACACAGUUUGUUAAGGCUGGUUUUCUCCUGAUAAAAGGACACACAAACUGCAGUGGAGCAAAACACUCAGUGGAAAACUCUAACUUUGGUCUCACAUUGUGUAUCAUCAGAGGCUCGCCAUCAAAAUGGAUGUGAUUCUCAUCUCUAUACACUCUCAUUUUUUGACAAAGCCUGCAGACAAACAAUGCAUACCCAGAUAGCAAUAAAUUUUGAUUUCUUCCCAAUUUUAGAACUGAACUAAGGGGUGACAAAGAAUAUAUUUUUAUCCAUUAAUCAUUUCCUCAGAGGGACAAAUUUAUUUAUUAACACAUAUUACCUCAUUAAUCAUUGUCAAACCCCAAUACACUGGCUUGUUUUCACUUUGAUUGAAACUUAAAUUAAAUUGAAAGUAACCCGACAAUGUAUUCAACUACACUAGCAACCCUCGCCACCGCCACUACUGUGGCUCUGGCCUCUCAGUCUGACAUGUCAUCUUACUUGUGGCUGUUAGUGUUAGGCUUCAUCAUUGCCUUCAUCCUGGCUUUCUCUGUGGGGGCCAAUGAUGUGGCCAACUCCUUCGGUACAGCGGUGGGCUCAGGGGUGGUCACCUUACGGCAGGCCUGCAUCCUGGCCACUAUCUUUGAGACUGUAGGCUCAGUGCUGCUGGGAGCCAAAGUCAGCGAGACCAUCCGAAAGGGCAUCAUUGAUGUCCAGAUGUACAACGGCUCUGAACACAUCCUGAUGGCCGGAUCAAUAAGUGCAAUGUUUGGCUCUGCUGUGUGGCAGCUAGCUGCGUCAUUCCUGAAGCUCCCCAUUUCUGGAACCCACUGUAUUGUUGGAGCCACAAUUGGUUUCUCCAUGGUAGCCAGAGGUCACCAAGGGGUCAAAUGGAUGGAGCUACUCCGCAUCGUGGCAUCCUGGUUCCUGUCACCUGUACUGUCCGGCAUCAUGUCAGCAAUUCUCUUCUAUUUUGUUCGCAAAUUUAUUCUGAACAAGACUGACCCUGUACCAAACGGCCUCAGAGCACUUCCUAUCUUCUACGCCAUCACUAUGGGCAUCAACCUCUUCUCCAUCAUGUUUACAGGAGCACCAAUGCUGGGUUUUGACAGAGUGCCAUGGUGGGGUACACUGUGCAUUUCGCUGGGCUGUGCCUGCAUCACAGGUUUGGUUGUUUGGUUUGUUGUCUGUCCACGCCUCAAGAAGAAAAUCAAACGAGAAACGGCUGCUGUUCCCUGUGAAACUCCACUAAUGGAGAAAAAGUCCAGCACACCUGUGCUAGAAGAGCAGCCCUCGAUAUCCCACGAACCUCAACCCCAGACCCCUCCAGCAGACAGUCAGAAGGUGGCUUUCAAACUUGGAGGCUCAGAUGAGGCUGAUUUGGACAACAAUGACAUGGAAACCAAAGACUUUGAUAUCAGUAAUGGGCUGAAUGGCACUGUUGGCCCCAUGAUGAUCACGGAUCCUCACAGCGGACGGUCCCACACGAUCCACAAAGAUUCUGGCCUUUACAAAGACCUGCUACACAAGCUUCACAAGGCCAAAGUUGGUGACUGCAUUGGUGACAGUGACACAGAAGAACGGCCCAUACGGAGAAACAACAGCUACACCUCAUACACCAUGGCCAUCUAUGGCAUUCAAGGAGAUCCUAAAAACAAGGACCUGGAUAGCGGGCUGCAGAGAAGAUCAAGGGUGGACAGUUACAGCAGCUACAGCUCAGCAAUAACCAGUGGGAGUUCAGUCCAUGACGCGAGUGUGACGCAGGAAGCUGGCGGGGACCUUGCUCAGGAGGAGGAUGAGCUGGAGGUCGACCAACCAGCUGUUUCCUUGCUCUUCCAGUUCCUCCAGAUCCUCACGGCGUGCUUUGGUUCCUUUGCUCAUGGAGGGAAUGAUGUCAGCAAUGCAAUUGGUCCACUGGUGGCUCUUUGGCUUCUGUAUGAGAGCGGCUCUGUGGUGUCCAAUGCGCCCACACCAAUCUGGUUGCUUCUGUAUGGCGGAGUGGGCAUCUGUGCCGGGCUGUGGGUAUGGGGCCGAAGGGUGAUCGAGACCUUGGGCAAAGACCUUACCCCCAUUACACCCUCUAGUGGAUUCAGCAUCGAGCUAGCUUCAGCAAUCACAGUUGUUGUGGCAUCAAAUGUUGGUCUUCCUGUCAGCACAACACACUGCAAGGUAGGAUCUGUGGUGGCUGUGGGAUGGCUGCGCUCCAGGAAAUCAGUUGACUGGCGUCUGUUUAGGAACAUCUUCAUCGCCUGGUUCGUUACAGUUCCCAUCUCCGGGCUGAUCAGUGCUGCCAUCAUGGCUGUCUUCAUAAAUGUCGGUCUGUGAGCGUCACACUGUCCAGCUAGUCUGUCAGCACACUGUUACUUCAAUCGAUGGACCACUACCAACAGUUAUUUUUUGACUGGCUGAGAAAACUGUGCUAAUAAAUAUGUUCAGUUUGUUUUCUGUUAAUGAUGUUUAUCAUGUCAUUUAAUGCCAUUUCAAGGUCAAGUCAAUGACGAAAUGUCCAUGAGCAAUGUAACACUGUUCAGAUAUCCAGAAGUUCUGUGAUAUUGUAUAUCCCUAUGAAUAUUUGUACAAAAGCAAAAUAUUUCAAAAAUCAAAUAAUUAAAUUUUGAUUAAAAAAGAAGAAAUUUCAACAGCUAUAUUCUAUGUUUUACUAUUUGGCUAAUGAAAAAAGGAGUUGCCUGAUUUGAAGGGAUUUCAAUGUAUUUUACUCACUCUUAAAUAUUUUCAACAGCAUCUUAUCUUAGUAUGUUUGCAUGCAGAAAGACGGGUUAAUAAAAUUUA